AUGAAAGAAGGUAUGCUACUGUUCCCUAGACAAGAGAAGCUCUUUGACAAAGUGGUGACACGGAGUGAUAUCAAGGAAUAUCGACUAGCCAUACCCAAGUACCAAGCUAAGAAGCACUUUCCACAGCACGUUGCAAGCAGUUCCAAAGGUGCUUUCUUGUGCAUGGAGGACAAUGAAGGAAAAGUUUGGAGAUUCAAGUACUCAUUCUGGAAAAGGAGUCAAGGUUACGUGCUCACGAGGGAAUGGAACCAGUUCGUCAAAGAGAAGAGAUUGAGCGCAGGGGACGUUGUUAGUUUUCUUCGCUCAACUGGGUCAGAUAAGCAACUCUACAUAGAUUGCAGGCCACAAAACCAGUCAGGUAUAGCAGCCAAAACUGAGCCCGUUGAAACCACUCAAAAUGGCCAGACAGUCAAGUUGUUUGGGGUCAAUAUCUCAACAAAUUGA